AUGUGCAUCGCUGGAACCCACUUGGCUCAACAAAAACCCGUGUCUGACGGACAUUCAUCUAUUCGAAACCCAUUCGAUGAGAACUUUGGGGCAUUUGCCAAAGAGACGCUGAAUGAAUGGCAUGUCCCCGGGCUGUCUAUUGCCGUGAUUGACCAUGACCAAGUUUUUGCAGAGGGCUAUGGGAUUGCGACUUUUCCAGACACCCCGGCUACCCCAGAAACAAUAUGGUACGGUGCUUCCACCACGAAAUCUUACGUGGCUGCCGCAAUGGCAGCAGUGAUUGACUCAAGAAACUACUCGCAAUUGACUCGUGGAUGGUCGACGCCGGUCUCAUCCAUCAUCAGGGAUGACUUUGUGCUGCAGGAUGAGUGGGCAACGGCGCAUGUUACUCUUGAAGACGCCGUUAGCCACCGAACCGGUCUCGGAAGUCUUCACUUUUCGAGUUUGAGGGUAGAGAACGGCGUCCAAGUUACCCCAAGAGACGUUGUUCGUCGUUUGCGCCAUCUGCCUCUUUUUGCGGAGCCGCGUAUGACGUAUGCGUACUCAAAUGCCAUGUAUGUGACGUUGGGGUAUGUCCUGGAAAGACUGACGGGGAGUCCUCUCGCCAGGGUCCUCGGAAACUUGAUCUGGGAACCACUAGGGAUGAGGUCAACAUAUUUCGACCUGGACGAUGCCAUCAAAGCACCGGAGCAUUUGGCCUCGGGGUAUAGGUGGGAUCCCAGUCACGGCAACUAUACGGAGAUGCCAUACAUGGUCGUCACAGAGGUAGGCGGUGCUGGUGCCAUCUUUUCCAACGUGCUCGAUUACGCCAAAUGGGUAAAGUGCCUGCUGUAUGAGUCCGCUCCAUUGUCAAAGGCAGUUCAUAAGGAUGUCAAGACGCCCAGGUUCAUCACGAGCCCGCUGCCGGGUAACGGGUUUGACUCGGUUCUGUACGGGUUGGGAUGGGAGCGCACCUUGAUGUACGGGCACGUCGUGUACCAACAUAGCGGUGGUAUGCACGCGUAUGGCGCCUACGUUUACUGGCUGCCGGAAAUCAAGUAUGGCGUUGUUUCAUUUGCUAACACGGCGGUCACAUCAAAUGUCGCCGAAAUUGUUCUCGCGACAAGAUUGAUUGCGGAUAGGCUAGGCAUCCCAGAGGAGAAGCGCUUCGACUACGCGGGAAGUGAGAGAGACCAACUAGAAGAAGAGAUAGAGUGGCUAGAGCACGCUCUCGACAACCUCUAUCCGAAUCGGCCAAAGACACCACUACCUCCAACUCUGAACACAAGCCAACUCGCCGGCACAUAUUUCCACCCUGGAUUUGGGCUAAUUAGGCUUCAGGAAGAGACAGACCCUCAGAACCCAAAGGAAAAGGUGUUGAGAUCGGAUAGAGAGGAAGCUUCAUGGGAUCACAAGUUUACAUUUCACCAUGUAACGGGCGAUAACUGGAUGAUCCGAACGGAGAUGUAUACUAUCUUCCGGAAUACUGCUUUCAGGAGUCAAUUCAAGAUCGGCGUUGAUGGACAGACUGCCGGGUUAGAAAUUGAGUUUACCAAUCGCGGAGCAGAAGUUGCUGAGGCAGUGGUGCUAUUUGAUAGGUUGAAGGAGUGA